CAGUAGAAAAUUUGAGAAACGAAAGUGAAAGCUUCACUGCAAAACUCAAGAAUAAAGGAGGAAACGUUACCGUUAAUAUACCGUUUGAUGUAAUUGAACCUGUACUAAUUGCCGAGUUAACAAUCGAGGAACCAGAAAAUGUUAGGUCUGUAAAGAUCACCAUACCUCAGGAGGAUGGCGAUGACAAAAUAUAUGUGCGUACGAUUAAGCCCGAUGAAGUUAAUGCGACGAUAAAAUUCCCUAAUGGCACAUCGGGAAUGAGUGUAACUGUGCAGUUCAUCUUGAAAGACAACGAAAACGUUGUUACAAUUGAAGAACUAUACAUCAAAGCUUGUUUUGAACAAGGGGUCAAAGAACAAACUCAAGGUACAACUGCAGUUGUAACUCCACCACCUCCACCAACUCCAUCAACAACUGGACCAGGAACAACCACAGCUCCAGGUACAACAACAGCACCAGGUACAACAACUGGACCAGUUACAACAACUGGACCAGGAACAACAACUGGACCA